AGAAGUGCUUGUGCUGCAUGUUUUGACUUCGUCUUCCAUCACUCAUUCACAGUUUCACUAGCUACGAAGCACAACGUGACCAUGACGAUCAAAGCAAGGAAACCAUAUGUCACAACCUUAUUAUAUUUAAUGAGUCACAGCCGUCUGACAGUGACCCACCAGGAACCUUGUCCUUACUAUAUUCCAAUUUCCAAAUCAAACAUAGGAAAAAAUCAACACCUUGUUUUACCCUUCUGCUUCAAGACCAAUAACAACAAGAUUAGCAACUGGGUUCGUCUUGUUCUUCUUUGCUAUUUCGGGUUUGAAAUUUGGGUACCUGAAAAGUUCUCAAUUUUAAACAUGAGGUUCUAAGGUCAAACAGUUAAAUUAUCGGUUUUGUUUGCUCAUCCUUGCAUUUUCUCUAAAGGCAACAUGGAAAUCAUGGAAGAGAGAAAAUUUUCUAAAUUGUUGUCGGAGCUGAUAGUUUUGGCUGAUGAGGUUGCUUCUCUUGCUAAGAACUCUGAAAUUGAGGUUGAUAUUUUUGCUGAGUUUGCCAUGUUGGUUGAGAAAUUCCCACCAAUCUUCAAUGACUUGAGGGACAAAAACACGGUCUUGGACAGGCCACCUAUACGAAAAUCUAUGGAAUCUCUUGAGAAUGAGUUGAGGCGUGCCAAAGCUUUGACGAAAAGCUCCAAUUUGAGACAACCAAUCAAGCAAAUUGAGGACAUAACGCAUGAUAUCGGUCGAUCCUUGGGCCUUCUUCUUGUAGCCAGCCUUGAAGUGUCUGCGGAUUUCAGAGAAAAGAUUGGUACAUUGCAAAGGCAAUUGAUGAAUGUAAGAUUUGAUGCCAGUUUAAGUCUAGCUUCAAGUCCAAAAUCAGAGUUGUUAGGCAGUGACAUGAAGCUGACAGGAGAAAUAGAAGAGGAAAUAGUUUAUGUUUCUAUUGAUGAUGUUGUUUUGCAACUUAAGACCGGUAAUGAUGAAGAAUUUGCAGUUGCACUUUUGAGACUAAAGGAGUUCAUGAGGAGUGAAAGACUGGAUGGUGGCUUGAUCAAUGAGGAAGCAACUAUUUCCAUUCUUUUCAAUCGUCUAGGCUCGUGUAAGGCAGAGAAUAGGUUGGCGAUCAUUCGAUUGCUAAGAAGUAUUGCUUAUGGAAAUGAUGAGAAAAAGGAGAAGAUGGUAGAUAUUGAGUUUUUAUCAGCAGUGGUGAAGUCGCUGACAAGAGAUUCAGAAGAGAGGAAGGAAGCAGUGGGGCUGUUGGUAGACCUCUCUGACAUUCAGGCAGUUCGACGGCGAAUUGGAAGAAUUCAAGGGUGCAUUGUUAUGUUAGUUGCUAUACUUAAUGGGGAUGACCCUGAUGCCUCACAUGAUGCGGCAAAAUUGUUGGAUAUAUUGUCUAGUAAUACUCAAAAUGCACUUCAUAUGGCCGAGGCUGGCUACUUUAGGCCACUGGUGCAGUAUUUGAAAGAAGGGUCUGACAUGAACAAGAUCCUAAUGGCAACAGCACUUUCUAGGUUGGAGCUCACUGAUCACAGCAAACUUUCCCUUGGAGAGGAUGGGGCAAUUGAGCCCCUGGUCAAUAUGUUUAGUACUGGGAAACUUGAGUCCAAGUUAUCAGCUUUAAAUGCACUACAAAAUCUGUCUAGCUUGGCAGAAAAUGUGCAGCUUUUGAUCAGAUCCGGUAUUGCAGGAUCUCUCUUACAACUUCUUUUCUCAGUAACAUCUGUGCUCAUGACUUUGCGCGAGCCUGCAUCAGCUAUUCUUGCAAGAAUUGCUCAGUCAGAAUCCAUUCUUGUUAAUGAAGAUGUGGCUCAACAGAUGCUUUCACUUUUGAAUCUUUCCAGCCCUAUAAUUCAAGGUCACCUAUUGGAGGCUCUGAAUAACAUAGCUUCCCAUCCUGGUGCGUCCAAAGUGAGAAGCAAAAUGAAGGAAAAAGGUGCACUUCAGCUUCUCUUGCCCUUUCUGAAGGAAAACACCACCAAAGUCAGGAUUAAGGUGUUGCAUUUGCUGUACACUCUCUCUAAAGAUCUAACAGAUGAGUUGACUGAACAUCUGGAUGAAACUCAUCUUUUCAACAUUGUUAAUAUAGUCUCAACAUCAACAUCAGAGAGUGAAAAGGCUGCGGCUGUUGGCAUACUGAGUAAUCUUCCUGCUAGUAAUAAAAAAGUGACAGAUAUACUGAAGAGGGCAAAUUUGCUUCCCAUUUUAAUAUCCAUUAUGUAUUCUAUCACAGGAAGUAAUUCACCCACAACAAAUAGAUUAGCAGAGAGCAUUGCAAGUGUUAUUAUUCGCUUCACAAAUUCCUCUGACAAGAAAUUACAACUUCUUUCAGCCGAACACGGGGUGAUUCCUUUGCUUGUAAAACUGCUAUCAAGUGGUUCACCAAUCACAAAAUCUAGGGCUGCAAUCUCUCUGGCUCAACUAUCUCAGAAUUCUCUGUCUCUUAGGAAGUCUAGAAAGUCAAGGUGGUUGUGCGUUCCACCGUCAGCGAAUGCAUAUUGUGAAGUUCAUGAUGGAUAUUGCUUUGUCAACAGCACAUUUUGUUUGGUCAAGGCUGGUGCUGUUUCUCCCCUUAUCCAACUGUUGGAAGAUACUGAGAAAGAAGUGGUUGAAGCUGCUUUGUGUGCUCUCUCUACUCUUCUGCUAGAUGAAAUAUGGGAAGGUGGUGUCAACUCCAUUGCCAAAUUGUCAGGUGUGCAGGCUAUUAUAAAAAGUCUAGAAGUUAGGGAUGCAAAGGUUCAAGAAAAAGCAAUAUGGAUGUUGGAGAGAAUAUUCAAGGUUGCAGAACAUAGAGUAAAAUAUGGAGAAUCUGCUCAGGUGGUUCUUAUUGAUCUUGCCCAGAAGAGUGAUUCUAGAUUGAAGUCAACAGUUGCAAAAGUAUUAGCUGAGCUGGAACUGCUGCAAUCUCAAUCAAGUUACUUUUGAAACAAUGAUUUGGUUUUGAUCUCCAUUCAUUUACAUUAUUUUGGUGUAUAUGCUUGUAUUGUACUACUUUGUUUUGGAUGAGCCACAUAGUGCCAUUUGGUAUUUGUAAUUUAAAGGUAUGUCAGCCAUACACACUCCAACACUCUUUUUCUAAUACUCUUUAUAAUUGGCUGAGAUUUAUUAAAAAAUAUAAAUUUUGUUAGAUCCUUCCUCUAAAUUGGGAGAGAUUUAUUAGCUGAGAUGCAAGACUCACUAAAAUUUUGUAAUUUUUAAUAAAUUUCAGCCAAUAACAAAAUCUUAGAAAG